GUAGCUCAGAUGGUAGAGCGCUCGCUUAGCAUGCGAGAGGUACGGGGAUCGAUACCCCGCAUCUCCAAAAUGUAAAUGUUUUUUUUCCAUUUUCUUUUGUUUUUAAUUCAACAAUCCUUUACUUUUAUUCCUAGUACUUGCUCCUGGUACUCUUGUCUUUAUUCAUGGAAGAACAUCCUGAAUCUCAAUGUCGCUACUCAAGUCAACAGCUCUUGUUUCCAAACCUUGUUUCACCACCACCCUCAAUUCUCUACAAUGUGGAAGCUUACUGCAAUCACUCUCCAAUUCCAAAUCCUUAACCCAAGCCCAGCAACUCCACGCACACGUCACCACCGACGGCAACCUCCGCCACAACACCUAUCUCGCCACCAAGCUCGCCGCAUGCUACGCUGCCUGCGGCCACAUGUCCCAUGCCCAACUCAUCUUCGACCAAAUUGUGCUAAAGAAUUCGUUUCUCUGGAACUCCAUGAUCAGGGGCUACGCCUGCAACCACUCUCCCAUUAAGUCCCUUGUUCUCUACCGUGAAAUGUUGCGUUUAGGACAGAAGCCUGACAAUUUCACCUACCCUUUUGUCCUGAAGGCCUGUGGGGACCUUCUGCUUCGCGGAAUUGGUAGAAAGGUUCACGCUUUGGUGGUGGUUGGUGGGUUCGAGGAGGAUGUUUACGUGGGGAACUCGAUACUUUCGAUGUACUUAAAGUUUGGUGACGUGGCAGCUGCGCAGGUGGUGUUUGAUAAAAUGCCUAUGAGGGACUUGACUUCUUGGAACACCAUGGUGUCGGGGUGUGUGAAGAAUGGUGAGACUCAGGGAGCUUUUGAGAUUUUUGGGGAGAUGAGGAGGGUUGGUUUUGUGGGAGAUGGGACCACCCUGCUUGCUCUUCUCUCCGCUUGCGGGGAUGUUAUGGAUUUGAAGGCGGGGAAAGAGAUUCAUGGUUUUGUUGUCAGAAAUGGUGGGAAUGGGAGAGUGAAUAAUGGGUUUUUAGUGAAUUCAAUUAUAGACAUGUACUGCAAUUGUGAGUCUAUGUCUUGUGCAAGGAACUUGUUUGAAGGGUUGAUAGUGAAGGAUGUUGUGUCGUGGAAUUCUUUGAUAUCCGGGUAUGAGAAACGUGGGGAUGCUUUUGAAGCUCUUGAGCUUUUCGGUCGGAUGGUUGAGGGAAGGGAAGUGCCAGAUGAAGUGACCGUAAUUUCAGUGCUCGGAGCUUGUAAUCAAAUAUCGGCUUUGCGGUUGGGCACGUCUGUUCAUUCAUAUGUUGUUAAGAGGGGCUAUGGAGUGAAUGUAGCUGUUGGAACUGCACUUAUUGGCAUGUAUGCUAACUGUGGGAGUUUAAUUUGUGCGUGUUGUGUGUUUGAUGAGAUGCCUGAGAAAAAUUUGGCUGUUUGGACCGUUAUGGUUUCUGGCUUUGGAAUUCAUGGGAGAGGAAGAGAGGCAGUCUCCAUUUUCUACGAAAUGUUAGGUACAAAUGUAAUUCCAGAUGAGGGCAUUUUCACUGCAGUUUUAUCUGCUUGUAGUCAUUCUGGAUUAGUGGAUGAAGGUAAAGAAAUUUUCUAUAAAAUUACUAGAGACUAUAAUGUAGACCCUGGACCCACUCAUUAUUCAUGUUUAGUGGAUCUACUUGGCAGAGCAGGGUACUUAGAUGAAGCAUAUGAAGUUAUAGAGANUGUAUUCCUGUUAAAUAAAAUGGUAUGA